UUGCAGACGCGGAAGCGGCUGUGGAGGGGAAGGUGGCGGUUCCCGCUGAGGAGGGUGUUUGUCUUUAAAGCUGACGCUCCCCGUCCCCCUCCCCGCAGGGAAGGCUGAGGGCGCUGCCGGCGCUGAAGUCCUUGUUGGGGUCCCCGCCCCGGAGCCUCUCAGCGGUCCUUCUGACUGUGAGUGUGAGCUGAGCUGAUUAACGGGCUGUGCUGACAUCUUUGAAGGCACAUUCUGUGACUCCUCAACAUAUUGUCACCUGAGAAAAUAACCCACACCCUGAUCAGGACCAGGACCAAAUGGCUGCUUCUCAGGAACGGUUGUCCUUCAUGGAUGUGGCCAUAGAUUUCUCUCAGGAGGAGUGGGAAUGCCUGGACCCAGCUCAGCGGAAAUUGUACCUGGAUGUGAUGUUGGAGAACUACAGCAACCUGGUCUCCGUGGACCCGCUGUGUCUUUCAGGCCUGAUACAUAUCUUCAGUAUCACAUUCUGUGUGGCGCUCGAACAGUUUCUCAUUGUGUCUCAAGCGGCCACAACAGGGCACUCACUGUGUACCCCCAUUCUGUUUGCACUCUGUGUCAUGCACAACUGAAACUUGUUAUUCAAGAUGCUUCAAAA